AUGGCUUUCACCAUAUCUCGGCUUACUGAAGACGAUAUUCCUGGCGCUGUGAGCGUUAUUCAGGAAGCAUUCAAAGAAGACCCCUACAACCUUUGGAUUUACAAUGAUCGAUCUAAGCUGAACCUAGUGAGAAACUCGGUAUCUCUCGGUAUUCGAUGUCGAUGGGGCAUGCGAAACGGCUUGUUCUAUGUGGCUAAAGACUCUGAAAGCCAACGAAUUUUAGGCGUUGCAAUGUGGUUACCACCUAAAUCUUCUGGAACGCCCGAAACAUGGGCAGAAUGGUUUGAUGGUUGGAAGAUGUGGAUUCAACAAGUAGGCAUGAAUAUUUGGUACGGUCGAGGUGGCUUAAAUGUGAAGCGUUAUUAUAUCUGGAAGAAUAGGCAAGCAGAAGCUCAAUCCGAGAUUUGGACAGAUCCUCGAGGGUACUUCUUUCUAAAUAUAAUGGUUGUUCAUCCUGACGCCCAGGGGAGGGGAAUUGGAAAGGCGUUAGCCAAGGAAGUAACAAAAGUUGCUGAUGCAGAAGGACAAAGAUGCUAUCUUGAAUCUAGUCGGGAUAUUCCCAACAUGAAGAUAUACGAAUCCUUUGGAUUCCACUUUGAAAAGAAAAUGGUUUGUGACGAUGAAGGUGACACCUGCAAUAUCUACUGUAUGGUCAGAGAGCCACAAGCAAAGUUGAAAGGAUCUAAGAAGGAUGUAUGA